CUCCUCCUUCUGAUCACACUUAAUUUACAGUCAUGUGGACAAACCGUGACAAGCGCAGCGUUCAGAGCCCCUAUAUAAACCUACAAGUUCAUCUAUUUGGAGACACUGAGACAAGAAAGCAUCACUAUCAUCAUGCAUCACGAAUGGGGAUAUGCGGAUCAUAACGGACCAGACAAAUGGGUUGAAAGCUAUCCCAUUGCCAAUGGACUUCGUCAGUCUCCAAUAGACAUUAGAACCAAAGGGGCAUCUUAUGAUUCUUCACUCAUGCCUCUUAAACUAAAUUAUGACCCCUCCACUUCACUGGACAUCGUCAACAGCGGACACUCCUUCCAAGUGAACUUCGAUGAUGAUAAAGACAGCUCAAUUCUGACCGGGGGGCCGAUCUCAGGCACCUACAGGCUCAAACAGUUUCACUUCCACUGGGGGGCAAGUGACGACAAGGGCUCCGAACACACAAUGGAUGGGAAAUGCUAUCCAGCUGAGCUUCAUCUGGUUCACUGGAACACAAAAUAUACGAAAUUUCAGGAAGCAGUUGAUAAGCCAGAUGGUCUCGCUGUAGUUGGAGUCUUUCUAGAGGUUGGUGCAGAAAAUCAUCAGCUUAAGACAAUUCUAGGUGCUCUGAGUGAUAUUAAGUCCAAGGGAAACCAGACCUCAUUCAGUGACUUUGACCCCACUGUCCUGCUCCCAAAAUCACUGGAAUAUUGGACGUACCUGGGGUCGCUGACCACACCUCCUCUGUAUGAAAGUGUCACAUGGAUUGUCUGCAAGAAUCCAAUAAACAUUAGCUCUGCUCAGUUGGAAAUAUUCCGCAGUCUGAUGUUUUCCACAGAGAAGGAGGUAGCCUGCUGCAUGGUGAAUAACUACCGCCCCCCUCAGCCUCUAAAAGACCGUGCUGUCCGCGCAUCUUUCAAGUGAAAAGCCCCCUGGACUUCCCUCUCCGCUCCCAUCCUUUCUUAAAUAGGACAUGCAGGCAUGGGGCCCAAGCUAAGGGCCUUUAAGAACCUUCACCCUCCAAACAGCAAUCCUGGUCAACCUGUCAGCAGACCAGCUGUGUUGUUUUGCUUUCUUAAUCUUUUUAUCUUUAUCUCUGAAGAGAAAAUCUGCUUUAAAGGACAAAUGCUUGAAUUAUCUGUAUUUAAAAAUGGUGGCAACAUUGUACGGUGCUCUGUUUUACAUGUGAUACACUGACAAACAAAAAAGCAUACAAAGCAAGAUAAAAUAUGUAUGUGGGUAUAUAAAUAAAUAUAUAAAGUGGGUUGUAUAGGCAUAUAAAGAAAUAGUUUACCUAAAAAAAAAUGUCUUCCAUGCAAUACAAAUGGAGAUAUUUUGAAGAAUGUACAAGCUGUUAUUUUCCAUACAAUGGAAAUGGGGAUCAUGGACAGCUGUGGUCAACAUUCACUUUCACCGUAUGGAAAGCAGCAGCAUGAGAGUGAGUAAAUGAUGACAGAAAUUUCAUUUUUGGGUGAACUAUCCCUUUAAAUAUAUUUUUCGGUGAUAUAACGCCUAGGAUAUUAUUUCAGAUUAAGACAUCAGGGGUACAGCCACUACCCGAAGAGAUGCCAUCUGUGCUGGCUACUGCUGUCGUUUCCUGCCAGGCUUUAAUCUCUGGCUGCCUCAGCAUUGCUGCAGCUUAAAAAAGCCAAAUGCACGCUGCUGUCAGGCUGCAAUAUCUAGAAAAUCCUGUCUAACAAACAAGCACACAUGGCAAAAUUCAGUGAGGGAACACUGGGAAAUCACUCAAAAAAUGUAGCACAUAUAAUCAGAGUAGAUGAUAUAUACUUGGGUUUGUAAUAUUUGUCCCUCAGAUUGUCAAAAUGCUAUCUAUUACCAGGGUUGGGAGGGUUGCUUUUGAAAUGUAUUCCACUACAGAUUACAGAAUACAAGCUAUAAAAUGUAAUUUGUAACAUUCCGUUAGAAUACUCAAGGUCAGUAACGUAUUCUAAAUACUUUGGAUUACUUCUUCAGCACUUCUUCAGAUUUUUUCACUUGUUUUGACUAUAAAAACUCUGCCAGUACAGUAAGACAAAAUACACAUGUUAAAAAUAUAUUCUCUGAAAAACCUAAAUAUCUUAUGCAGUGUUGAUUCUAAAACAAGAUACAUCAAAUGGAUCUUGUUUGAAGGAUUUUUAGAUUUUUUUAAAGGAAAACAAAAACUAUUAACAAGAAUAAGAUUUUUGACCUAAUAUCAAAGGUAUUACUUGAAAAAAGAAUGUGAAUUUUCUUGAUGGUGCCUGUAAACAUGUGCAUGUAAAAUGGUUAUAAAUAGCAUUUUAGCUUAGCGUAAAGCUGACAAUUUACACAAUGUUUAUUUCUAUUUCUUCUUACUUCAAACGUACUUCUCUGUCUGCUUGUAUAAAUGUAACACAUCAUAAGAAAGUGUUAAAUCGGUAGAUGCCAAUAGAUAAAUCUUGCAGUCUAGAAGUUUUAGAAAGGGGAUCGCUGUUUCCUCUCUGGGACCAGGAGCUUCUCUCUCAUGAAAUGUGUAUGAAUAGAAAAUAAAUUGGGUAAAAUGUACUGAAUUUAUUUUACUUGAAAUCAAGCAAUAUUGUUCAGCCAUACUCUGUUCAGCAAUAUUCAAAGAGGACAUUUUAAAUAAAGAUAUUUUAU